AUGAUAGAUGGUAAUUACUUAUUUUAUAUUUUAGGAUGGCAAGAUUAUCUUAAUAAUGUUAAUUUCUAUACUUGUGGAGGGAGUAAAUAUUUUGGGAUAUCUACUAAUAAUUGGAUUGCCAUUAGCAGAAUAUUUUUAGAUCUAGAACCUCAUUCUCAUAUUAUAGUGGAAGCGAAAUUUCAAAUGUAAUUAUAUUCUUCAUUACAAAAGUAUUGGUAACUAAAUUUCACCUACAUUUUAUAUAGAUGAAUAAUCAAUCAGCUAUUAUUUAGUGAUUUCAUCUUAAGAUUGUGGUAAUUCACAACCAGAAUAUUUAAAAACUUUUUCUAUAACUUAUUCACAUAAUAGAAGAAAUGUUUGGACAACUAUUUUGAACGAAUAUGGAGGAGGAUUAAUAUCAUUGAGAUUAAGUAUCAUUAAAUGUUAGUAUGAAUACGAUGGAUGCAUAGAGAAUUAUCCUAAAAUCUACUUAUAAUGGAGACUGCAUUAAUAUUCAUUUAAUUAGAAUAUAAUCACAAACUCUAAUGGAUGGACUUUCGUAUCAUAUCAUUAUUAUCCAAAUUAUUUCUCUUGUGGAAAUUGCUAAUUGUUGUAAUUCAAAGAAAUUAAUUAUUCUACUCAAUUACCCCCUCAUUAAGAUUUAUUAAUACGAUUUUUUAAAGUAUAUACUAAUACUAUAAUAAUAGUAGACUAUUUAUAUGGUAAAUAAACAAUUAGUUCUUAUAAUUAUAAUUAAUAAAUUAAUAAUUCUGGAAAUGAUGUUUUGUUCUCUAAUAAAUAGAGAUAUUAAUAAGAAAUCAUGAUGAUCCUAUAUUAUUAUUAAAUAUUAAAACCUAAAUAGACACAAGAGAUAGUUAUAUAAGAGAUUUUGAAUUAUUCUACACUCAACCAGAAAUAAUUUUUAAUAAUUUGAAUGAAGGAUGCUUAGUGUAAUUUGAUGAUAAAUGUUUAAUUUGUUAAGAAGGUUGGAUUUAAGACGAAUUCCCAGAAAAUUGCCAUCCUAUUUGUGGAGAUGGAAUCAUUCAAGGUUAAGAAGAAUGCGAUGAUGGUAAUCUAAUAUCAAAUGAUUCUUGUUAUUUAUGCAAAUAUUCAUGUAUACAAUUUUGUUCAAUUUGUUAAUUUGGAAUUUGUUUAUAAUGUUAAGAUGGAUUUAUUAUUAAUGCUAAAUUUAAUUGUGAUCCUUUAUGCGCAGAUGGUAAUUUAAUUCCUUAUUCAACUGAAUAAUGUGAAGUGACAGUUAAUGGGAUAUAGGAUAAUUGUUCAGAAUGCAGAUUUAUAUCAAUUCCAAAUCGUAAAACCAACUACUUUUCAAUUUGCUUAGAGUGUGAAGCAGGAUUUUAAAUAUUAGAAAACAUAUGUUUCCCUUUUGCGGAGAUAAAUUAAUUCUUGAAGAGUAUGAGGAUUGUGAUGAUGGUAAUGAGCAACCUUAUGAUGGUUGUUUUCAAUGUAAAUUUAAAUGCAUUGAAGAUUGCAACAUAUGUGAAAAAGGAUAAUGUAUAUUAAAAUGUCAAGAUGGAUAUGAAUUUAUUAAUAAUAGUUGUCUUUCUGUUUGUGGUGAUCAAAUAAUCACAAAAGAAGAGGAUUGCGAUGAUGGUAAUUUGCGACUUUAUGAUGGUUGUUUUAAUUGCAAGUAUUCUUGUCCAGAAAAUUGCUUUGAUUGCUAUUAAGGUACUUGUUUAGAGUGCAAUUACCAAUACUAAUUACUAAUUUCUAAUUAAUGCAAAUAUUAAUUAAAUUGUGGAGAUGGAUUGCUUUAGGAAUCAGAGGAUUGCGAUGAUGGAAAUUAUUUAGCAGAGGAUGGAUGCAAGGAUUGUUUAAUUCAACAAAAUUGGAUAUGCAUUACAAUCACAAGAGAUACAUAAAGCUAAUGCUCAUUUGUCCAAGCUCCAAUUUUAGUAAUUAACUAUCUCAAUAUGA